AUGACGGCCGUGCAAGUUCCGACAGAAAAGAUUAAAAAUCUAUAUGCUCCUCGGCUCGAACGAUGUGUUGGGAGCCCAGAGUUACUAUAUAGAUUUUGCUGCGCCAUACCACCAUUUUUUACUCAAGCAGUGGCUAAAGCUUGUGGAAGUAUGAGUAAACCUUUUCUUAUGAGGAAAAAUGUAACCGGAAUUCUUCGACAUAUGUUUGAUUGCUCCUACUGGUAUUGCACACUGAAUAAAUAUGACCUACUAACAUCAAAAGGCUUUGUCGAUUUGGAUAAAUAUUUUAUACAUUUAGAUCUUUGGACACAUUUGAAUACUGCAUUCAGUGAUCACAUCAUCGAUGCUAAAGUGAAUUGUAAAGAGAGUCACCGAUUCCAUUUACCUUUGAAUCCUUGUGAAUUCUUCAGGAUGAAUGAGUGUGUAAGAAACUACCUGAAAGUGAAGUGUUCUCAUCCUUUUCCAACUAAGGGAUGUCUUGAACAGAAAAAUUUCUUCGAUGCAUGUGGCGACUAUUUCGUUUAA